CAAUAUCCGAAGUAGCUGAAGAAACGAGAAAGACCUCUCUGCCGCAACUCCAAUGGCGUUAUCGUCCUUCGUGCCGGCAUUAUCUUCUCCGCCGCCAUGUACGACGGCUAUGUUAAACCGCUCCGGUUCUCCUUCUUCAACAUCGUCGUCGUUACCUUCGUGCAGUGUCCUGCUUACCUGCUCAAUCUCUCAGCCGCCACAAACCGUUGCUUUUAUGCCGUUUCUGAGACCGACUUCUCUGUGUUAUUCUAGACGGAGUUCACAAAUCGUGCGUAUGGCGCCGGAAGAAGAGAAGAAGACUCAACGCUCUCCUCUCGACUUCCCUAUCGAAUGGGAAAGACCCAAGCCUGGACGAAGACCAGAUAUCUUUCCUCAAUUCAGCCCCAUGAAAACUCCCUUGCCACUUCCUAUGCCGGGUGAUCCUCCAGAAGAGGAGGAGGAAGAAGAAGAAAAGAAAGAGGAAGAGGGAGAAGAAGAGGAAGAGAAGGAGGAAGAGAAAGAUCCUGAAAAAGAAGAUCCAAUUAAACCAGAGCAGUAGCGCCAAUCUGAUGAUUUUAUUCCAACUAGGUAGACUCACGUUUGCUAUUGUUGGCUUAGUUGUUGCGGCUUAUAUACAUUGGCCCUAGGCCAUGUUCUAGAUAGAAUUUAUGUUGUGAAGAGUUCUUGAAUUCAAAAUUUUGUAUUAAAGUCCUGCUGUCAAUACAAUCAGUAAUGUGAUGUAAUGUUUUGUUUCAACAAGACUCGGUGUUACUAUUCUUA